GUGGUGUCCUAUAAACCGAUGCCCCCGAAUCACUGGAUCUGCUGAGAGGCAGGCAGAGUGCUGCGGCAGCGACACGUCGGUGCCGUGCAACCGAAGAGCUAACGGGAUCAAACUAAUCCGAGGCAGCCCUCUGCUCCCCCCUCGCCCUGUGAGCUUCUUCUUUUCUUUCCUUUCGCAGGUGAUUUUGCGCUCUCCGGUAGCACGAUGCAGGCAACGGCAGGUGCUGUCAAGGUGGAUGCCACCAAAAUGGGUGUUGGACGGGCCAUCGCCGUCUUGACGUCCGGAGGAGAUGCCCAGGGAAUGAAUGCCGCUGUGAGGGCUACAGUCAGAGUUGGCCUCUACACAGGAGCCAAAGUCUUUUUUGUCCACGAGGGCUACCAGGGCCUGGUGGAUGGAGGGGACAACAUUCGCCCUGCCAGCUGGGAGAGCGUGUCCAUGAUGCUGCAGCUGGGCGGCACUGUCAUUGGUAGUGCUCGAUGCCAGGAUUUCCGCACAAAGGAAGGGCGCACAAAGGCUGCUUGCAACUUGGUCAAGCUUGGCAUUACCAACCUGUGCGUGAUCGGCGGUGACGGCAGCCUGACUGGAGCCAAUCAGUUCCGUUCGGAGUGGGGUGAAUUGCUGGCUGAUCUCGUCAAAGCCGGCAAGAUCACUGUAGAUGAAGCCAAGCGCUCUUCCCACCUUAACAUUGUUGGCAUGGUGGGCUCCAUUGACAAUGACUUCUGCGGCACCGACAUGACCAUUGGCACAGACUCCGCCCUGCAUCGUAUCAUAGAGGUGGUUGAUGCCAUCACCACCACUGCACAGAGUCAUCAGAGGACCUUUAUCCUGGAGGUGAUGGGAAGACAUUGUGGGUACCUGGCCCUGGUGACUGCUCUGGCCUGUGGCGCUGAUUGGGUGUUCAUUCCAGAGAUGCCCCCAGAGGAGCAUUGGGAAGAGCAUCUUUGCAGGAGGCUGAUGGAGACCCGUGGAAGAGGUUCUCGUCUGAAUGUGAUCAUCGUAGCGGAGGGGGCCAUGGACCGUCACGGCAAACCAAUCUCCUCUGACAUGGUCAAGAACCUGGUUUCGAAGAAGCUGGGCUAUGACACUCGUGCCACUAUCCUCGGGCACGUGCAGAGAGGUGGCACGCCUUCUGCCUUCGACAGAAUCCUGGGCAGCAGGAUGGGCGUGGAGGCUGUCAUGGCUCUCCUGGAGGCCACACCAGACACCCCCGCCUGUGUAGUCAGUCUAUCUGGGAAUAUGGCUGUGAGGUUGCCCCUGAUGGAGUGCGUUCAAGUGACAAAAGAUGUUACUAAGGCCAUGGCUGAGGGGAGAUUUGAUGAUGCCAUCAAACUCAGGGGCAAGAGCUUUGAAAAUAACUGGAGCACCUACAGGCUGCUGGCUCAUGUGCACCCCCCGGAAGCAAAGAGUAACAUCAACAUUGCCAUUUUGAAUGUGGGGGCCCCCUGUGCCGGGAUGAACGCUGCAGUGCGAGCAGCGGUCAGGAUUGGCAUCACCCAGGGCCACCACAUGCUGGCUGUGCACGAUGGGUUCGAGGGCCUGGCUUGUGGACUGGUGGAACCACUCACCUGGGCCUCAGUUGGUGGUUGGACGGGGAAGGGUGGCUCCCAUUUGGGUACCAAGAGAACACUUCCAGCAAAUCUGAUUGAGGAAAUUAGCCUGAGCAUUGCCAAAUUUAACAUCCAUGCUCUGAUCAUUAUUGGAGGCUUUGAGGCUUUUGUGGGAGGCUUGGAGCUGGUAACAGGUAGAGAGAAGUAUGAAGAGUUGUGUAUACCCUUGGUUGUCAUUCCUGCCACAGUCUCCAACAACGUUCCUGGAUCAGACUUUAGCAUCGGAGCUGACACUGCCCUCAACACCAUCACCAUGACCUGCGACAGAAUAAAGCAGUCUGCCGCUGGCACUAAGCGGCGCGUGUUCAUCGUUGAGACAAUGGGCGGAUACUGUGGCUACCUUGCCACUAUGGCAGGACUCUCCUCAGGGGCGGAUGCUGCCUAUAUCUUCGAGGACUCCUUCAAUAUCCAUGACUUGGAGAUAAAUGUGGAGCACUUGGUCGAGAAAAUGAAAACAACAGUGAAAAGAGGCCUGAUUCUCAGGAAUGAGAAGUGCAAUGCCAAUUAUACUACCGAUUUCAUCUUCAAUCUGUACUCCGAAGAAGGCAAAGGGGUCUUUGACUGUCGGAAAAAUGUCCUGGGACACAUGCAGCAGGGUGGCACCCCGAGCCCAUUUGACAGGAAUUUUGGCACCAAGAUGGGUGCAAAGUCUGUCCUCUGGCUCACUGAGAAACUGAAAGAAUGUUACAGACAUGGUCGGAUCUUUGCCAACACGCCUGACUCAGCAUGUGUGUUGGGCAUGAGGAAGAGGGCCCUGGUGUUCCAGCCCCUUGCAGAGCUCAAGGAGGAGACAGACUUUGAGCACCGCAUCCCAAAGACACAAUGGUGGCUGAAGCUCAGGCCAAUCUUGAAAAUCCUAGCCAAGUACAAGAUCAACCUGGACACCUCAGAAAAAGCAUCUCUUGAGCACAUCAUUAAAAAGAAAGGCCUGGUCUAAGGGCCCCACCUGGAGAGAGAUGCACAGAGACACUUUAAGAUGCACAUCGACCGAAUUCAACUAGUCUCUGAAGCCUUUAACAGUAGCAGCCAUGUCCAAAAUUUAAUGGUCAAAACUACUUUCAGUGACUUUUUUCAGGGUGGUAAUUAAGUCCUGAACGCAUUUAAUGUCAAUCUCUUAGUCUUGGUGUUCGUUGCCAUGUUGGAUGCAGGAAAGAAUUCAGCUGAUACUUCUUGGAUGGUUGAGACGUGGCUCAGUCUAAGACCACAGCCAACAUGCAGCAUCUCGCUGUCUGUCGAACUAUUGCAGACAUCUCAAUGUUGAAAUGGUGUAUAGCAUAGUAUUGCAGCCAUGGUUUUGUUUUUGCACACUGUCACAAGACUUCACUUGACUCUUCAUUUGCAUUUUGAUGUCUCUGUCUUAACUCUCCUCUCCUCUCUCUGGUCACAUUGCUUCUGCUUUAGCUUAUUACUUCAGUUUCCUAUCUCCUUUUGGUAUUCUAUUUGUUAUGUAUUACCCUCCUCCUUCUUCUCUUGUCAGUUUCCUUCUUGUACCUCCUAAGCUCUGCAGUGAAGGGGCCCAUCAGUGCUCCCAUGGAUGCAUCAGCACAUUAAAAAUGUCUUACAACCAAUGA